UUUCAUAAAUCACUAUAAAUAUGGUCUUAACGUUACUCAUCACUUGGCUUGCACAGACAAAACUACUAGAAGAAUCCUUCACUCUUCUUCUUCUUCUUCGAAUAUUUUUCUCUCUCUAUAUAUAGUUAUGGUGACGAACUCCACAAUCAAACUUCUCUGUAGCUAUGGCGGGAAGAUUUUACCUCGUUAUCCCGACGGUAAACUCCGUUAUAACGGCGGCCACACCCGCGUCCUCGCCGUCCCCCGCUCCGUCUCAUUUUCCGAGCUAGCGUCGAAGAUGGCUGAGAUGUUCGGAUCCGCCGUCACUAUACGGUGUCAGCUUCCGACGGAAGAUCUCGACGCGCUCGUGUCCAUCACGUGCGACGAAGAUCUAGUGAAUCUAAUCGAAGAGUACGACCUCGUUUCCUCCUCAAUGAAGAUCAGAGUCUUCCUUAACCCCCCGAAGUCCGUUAAAUCGACGGUCUCGCCUCCUCCGUUAGCGUUACCGGCGUCCACCACGUCAUCAGCUUCCUCUACCUCAUCCAGUCCUAGAUCACCGUCGCUGUCAAAACCACCGCUACCUCCGUCGCCGCCGAGGUUGACGACGGUGAAGAAUCAGUGCUACGGUUGCUACGUCCACCACCGUAGUUCGAGAAAUAUGUACCUCGUCCACAACGGCAAUCACUGGCAAUAACCCCAACUCCAAGCCACAAUCAUCAGAUGAAUAAAAAAGAAAAAUAAAUAUGAAAAAUCGAAUAUAUACUUAAAAAGAAAAAUCUUCGUUUUAUAAGUGUAAAAGAAAGAGAGAUAAAAAGAAGGUGUACGUGAUCUCUCUCUGUGUGACGAUGAUCGUCGCCAUUAAUGAAAUCAUCCUAAAAGCUUUUUUGUCUUGGUGA